CCCCGAGGCACGGUCACACUGCCGCUUAUUGUACAAACAAGAAUUGUUUGCGAGCCCCCAAAAAAGUGCACAAACACACACAAACACACAUACGCCAGACGCACGCUUACAAACACAUACGCGCGCAGGGAACAAACAAAAAUAAAGCGAAAAGUGCGAGACGCCAGGAGGCACAUCUUCUUUUGCAUCUACCAUACAUCCCGAUCCCCCAAACGGAUAACGUCGGGGAUCCAGGCACCAUGUCGCGGGUGCUCAGUCCGCGGAAGCAGGGCGUGGCAGAGGCGAGGGCGCAGGUGGCAGAGUCCCUGGACUACACGAGUAGCUCCAACUCCAUCAUCGAGUUCCUGGCCAAGGAGCAGGACAGCGGGGGGCUGGCGGAGCCGGAUCCCGACAGGAUCUUCCAGGAGGUGAGCCGCCUCUCCGACAGCACUGACAUGCGGUCCGUGGACGAGCUGCUCCAGGAGGCGGAGCGCCUUAUCCAGCAACAGUUCCGUCUUGGCGGUAUUGCCACGGACCUGGACGUCGGCAACUCUGAGCCCAGCGAGCCUUUAGCCUCCAGAACCAAUGGCGACGAAGGUUCUGAGGCUGGCGGUGACGCCUCCUCGUCCUCGCCCCUGUCAGCCUCGCCGCACAGCAGCAUUCGGCUCAACGCACGCUACACCCAUCGCAUCGAGCAUUUGCCUGCUCCAUUGCCGCCGCCGCCCAAGACACCCCUGGUCAAUGGGUCGUCAAGUGGCGGCAAGGCCAGGCCCAGGUCCGGCUCCAAGUCCUCGGCCUCGCCCACAUCGGUGGCGGAGAUGACGCCACAGAUGAGCGGCAGCAGCAUGGAGAACAGUGGAGCCGGGGCUGUGGCUGGCUUUGCCGGCUUUGCUGCCUUUGUGGAUAACCUGCCCUCGGAGUCGGUCAUUUCGGAAGAGUCUACGCCCAAGGACAUGGAUAUGGAUAACAAUACGGCCACCUUGGCGCGACUAAAGCUGCAGUUGCAGGACAACACGGACGACGAUGAGGAUACGAUGGAGGAGAUCACUGAGGCGGAGGUGGAUGCACCCGUGCCGCGCUGCCGCAGUCCAGUGUCCAGUAGCCGCCGCCGCAGCAGUGCUCUUGGCCUUGGCGGCCUUAGUCACUCCUACAGCCAGCAGCCCAUACGUCCGAUGGCCAGCUACAGCGAGAAGGCGGUGGGCAGCUCGCCCAAGCACCUGGUCAGCACUCUCAGCUCGCCCAUCGAGCAGAUCGCUUGCAAUGUGUCCCGGGAGCAUGCCCUCAAGCACGAGAUCGAGCAGCUGCAGGAGCGGCUCAAGGACACCGAGGAGCGUCUGGCCUCGGUGCGCCUGCAAAGCGAUUCGCUGUCACAGACGCAGCGUGCCCUGCGCGAGCACAAUGGCCGCCUGCAGGAGGAGUCCGAGAUGCUAAAGCUGGACGUACAGCAUCUGAACGAGUGCGCCGGUGUCCUGCGUUCGGAGCUGCAGGCGGCACGCCGAGAUCGCAGCGAGGCCCUGCAGCUGCAGCGUUCGCUGCGCGCCGAGCUGGAGGAGGUGCAGCAGGAACGGCGGCGAGCGGGGGAGAAUAAGGAGAAGGAUGCCAAGGUCAUACAGGAUCUGCAGCGGCAGUGUCGGGAGAUGGAGCGCAUACUAAUGCGCAAGCAUCCCGAUUCGGUGUCGGCUCUCAUAGUGGCCUCCAAGAAUCCCGGCAUGUGUGCCCUGAAUGAUCAGGAGAACAUGAGCAGCCGCAAGCUGCUGGAGCAGCGCAUUGCCCAGCUGGAGUCGGAUGCCAAGGAGCAGGAUCGCAAGGCCCAGCAGAUCCUGGCCAAUGUGCAGGCCCGCUUUAAUUCCGUUCAGGCCAAGUACGAGACGCACAUAGCGGACCUGGAGACGCAGGUUUUAAGUCUCCAGGAGAUCAACACCAAGUUGAACGAACAGAUUGAAUCCCAGGUGCGCACCCUGGAUCGCUAUAUGCAGAAGCGUGCUGAUCGCUACUACAACAACUGCACCCAAACGGAGCCAUCAUCGGACCCCAUGGCUAUCCUCCCUGGAGCCACCACCACCUCCGCUACCACUGGGACCCAGACCCAGACCCUGGCAGCGAAUGGCACCAGGGAUCAUAGCACCAAUACCAUUGGCUGUCCCUCGCCGGCCCUUAUUUGCCAGCAGCCGCAUCUUCAUCCCCAUCCACCCUCGGCCAGCAGUAGCCCCAGCAGUACCGCCAAUUCCACGCCAAACACCUCGCGUCCGAAUUCCAAGCAAAGCGGCAGCGGUGCCCAAAGGCGUUCGCCGCUGGCGGUCAGUGGUGCUGGUGGUGGCACCACCUCCAAGCUGCCAAUCUCACAGUCCGAGUCUACGCUGUCGCUGCUUAGUCACGGUCACGGGUCGUCCUCCAAGGAGGAGGCGCAGCUCCUCAGCUCGGUGCGGAGCAUGCGCGUCGAUUUGGCCAUUAAAAAUAAGGCAAUGCAGCGCUUGACACGGGAAUUGGAUGACUGCAAGAAGACCAUACGGAAGCUGCAGCGGGAUAGGGAGGGAAGCGGCAGCUCCAGCCAUACAGGCAGCAAAUUGGAUCUCCGCUCCCAGGCCAGUGCCGUUUCUCUGCCCAGCGGCCGCCGAUCCAGUGGCUACGAUCAUGGUCAUCAUCAUCAUUAUAGUGACCACAUACCAGCGGCCACAGAGAGUCAGGCCCUGAAGGAGGCCCAAAAUAAGUAUCGCCUCUUGGAGGCGGACUACAAGACGCUGCACGACAAGCGUCUGCAGGAUCUCAAGACCCUGCAGAGCGCCCAUGAACGCGAGCUGGCCACCUGCAAUGAGACUGUGCGCAUCCUCCAGCAGCGCCUCAACGAGCGCGAGGAGGCCUUUGCCACCCAAAGGCGACGCAAGGUGCCGGUGGACUACUAUGCGCUGAAAGCCAAGGUAUCCCUGCUGGAGCGCAGGCACUCGGAGCGAGAGGAGCGACUACACAUGCUGGUGGAGGCCCUGAGCAAGGGCAGGCUCAAUGGGGCUCUCGAGGAUCUGCUGCAGGAGAACAACAACAAGUAGCGGGUGGAGAGUGCAGAAGAGAGAGAUUAGUUUUAAGUCACAUUGCCAGCCAAAAAGAAGAAAAAAUUCGUCUAGAGUCCGUCUAAGCAGAAGAAACAUCCAAUGAUAUUUAGGAAUUUUAACCAAGGAAAGGAGAGUCUGCCUCGGGUUAGAGGGCAGCUUCAGGCAAGCUUCUCUUUCAUUAAACAAAUUCAACAAAAUAAUGUGUUCAAGGAAAGCAAACAAUAACUAAAUCCAACACAAUUAGCAUAGGUUUAAGAGCUAUUUUCCCUGCGCCUGGAGCUGCAAUCUAAACUGAUGGAAAGGGAUAUUUACUUACAGGCAACAGGAUAAUGGGAUGCACGUUAUUGUAGUUCUUAGCGCCGAACGUAUUUGUAUUUAUAAAACUAUCAAUGUUUCGAUGUAGAAAUUGAAUUGUUCGUUCACACAACUGGGAAAGAAAGAGACAGACAGACAGACAGAGAGAGAGAGAGAGCGAGAGAGAAAGAAAGAGUUUUAAAGCGAAAAAGAAAGAGAAGUAUUAGAGACCGCGAAAAAGACAGAAACAAAUGGUGACUUGGUGACAGGAAAGCGAGUUGUACUUAGACCUAAGGCUCUUGAAAUGUAUAUAGAAUAUAUAUGUAGAAUAUAUAUUCGCAGCGAUCUCAACUUGAAUAUUAUAUAUUUGAUUUAGAGUAACAAGCCCAAAAUUUUUUUUACCUUGCCCUGAAAACUAAAUAUUAUUAUUAUUAUUAUUGUGUGUGUGUGUUUUUAAGGUAGAAAACUUUGAAAAAGUUGAUAAAGAAAGGCAACAACGGGGUCCGUAGAUAAAUGGUUAUAUUUUUUACUUAUUAUAUUGAUUUCUUCAAAUUUUGUUAUUAAAAUGUAGCUAUUUUUUAAUGAAUGUAUAACAAGUUCCCUAAAUGAAGGGGAAUAAAAUAGAAAAAAUAUAAUUCAGUUAAAAAUGCUGCAAAAAUUAAAUGUUUUAUAAAUUUGUUAUUUAAAAAAUAUAUAUUUCACACUCCCUGAUUAAAUUGUAAACAAGAAAUAGAAAGAAAUAAUGUCUGCAAACAUUUGGAGCAGUUAAAAAAUUACCAAAAAAUAACUACGGUCCCCGUUAAAUUAAGCAAGAAAAAUAAAAUAAAAAAUAGCUUAGAAAUUAGAACCUUUUCGAAAAAAAACUGUAACCCAAGCAGGCGAAAUAAGACCUAAGAAAAAACUCAAGAGAAAAAAUAAACCAAAUAAACAUUCACAGUAUUCCGAAACACACAAAAUCCCUUACUUUAAGUGUUUAUAUAUUUAUCUUAGACAACUUGCGAUUACCUUGGGAGGUAUUCCUUGUGUCGAGAUCUUUCCCAAACCCAGUUUGUGGCAAAUAUCAGGACCAUUGGUAUUAUGGUUUU